CACCCUUCCCCUCCACCUCCCCCUCCCCUUCUCCUUCUCCCUCUCCCUGUUGCCAUUUCCCGGGUCAAGCAGACGUUGGCGCACCGGACUCGAUAUUAGGGAGACGACCACGCCAUGGAACAAUGUUGGAUUCAAGUGGAGGACGUGUUUGGCCCUCAGGUGUCCGGAUGUUACAACAAUUUUGAUUUCACCCUGCUGUUCGAAGAAAGUGUGCUCUAUCUGCCUGCCCUGUUGUUCGCAACCGGCUGGGCUUGCUGGCGACUCUGGGAGCUUCAAUCCGCACCCAAAGUACUCAGAGUUCGAGGGGCGCGGUGGUAUCUCAAGCAACUCGGUUGGCUCGCCUGGACCUUCCUCGGUUUGACACAUUUGGUGCUCUCGUUGGUGCUCAAGACGUCUACCACCCGAUUAUCCAAUGCAGCCAUCGCAAUCGGCUUCGCCGUGUCGCCCAUCUUCGCCUUCGUCUCACACCGGGAGCAUACCCGCUCACCGCGCCCGUCCACGGUCCUGAAUGUGUAUCUGCUGGGGACAAUUCCUUUGGACGCGGCGCGAGCCCGCACGCUGUUCCACAUGCCGGGGAAUGUAGCCAUUGCCAGCGUCUUCAUCGCACUCGUGGUCUGCAAAUUCGUGCUGCUGGUACUGGAAGCCACGGGGAAGAGAAGCCUCCUGGCGCGAUCCUUGCCGCCGGAGCAGACAGCCGGCAUUUUCGACCGAAGUGCCUUCUGGUGGUUCAAUCCCCUCCUGUGGGCAGGCUACAAGCGAUCGUUGACACCGGGGGAUCUGUUGGCGGUCGACGAGGAUAUCAGUUUGGAACGGUCCAAGAAGGAGAUCCGUCAGAAGUGGAAGCAUGCCGCGAAAGAGCAACCUCGAAGCCUCCUGAAAGUGCUCCUGGCCGUGUACAGGCGGCCACUUCUUGCCAAUCUCCUGCCGCGGCUGUGCUUGACAGGCGUCAACUAUGCCCAGCCGUUCCUCGUCAGUCGGGUGACGAGCUUUCUGGGACAGUCCACAACCCCUACGAGUAAAGAGGUCGGGUAUGGCUUGAUCGCAGCCUACGGGAUUGUCUACGUCGGUAUCGCAGUGAUGACAGCGAUGUUUCAUCAUCGAUCCUAUCGGACGGUCGUGAUGGUGCGCGGCGGCUUGAUCCUUUUGAUCUAUGAUCAUACCCUGAGCUUGAAUAUCUCGGCGCCUUCCAAAGGUGAUUCGUUGACUUUAAUUAAUGCUGACAUCGAGCGGAUUGGGGCGGGACUUCGGAGCUUCCAUGAGACGUGGGCGAGCUUACUCGAGAUUGGUCUAUCUCUGUGGUUACUGGAUAUCCAGAUCGGCGUAUCGACCGUUGCAGCCGCCGCGGUAGUCCUAGCGUGCCUCCUCAUCAGCGGCAAAGUCAGCGGGUACAUGGGUGAGCGUCAGAAGCUAUGGCUUGAGGCGAUGCAAACCCGGAUCACGACGACAGUGGCAGCGAUCAACUCCGUCAAGGGAAUUAAAGCAACCGGUGCAACUGAUAUCCUCCAGUCCGUGAUCACCCAACUGCGGACGUAUGAGAUCAAAAGCUCUAUCAAAUUUCGCGAAGUGCUGGUCAUGCUGGUGACGUUAUCGUAUCUGGCAACCACCAUGGCACCGCCCUUUUCUUUUGGCACCUACAGCAUUCUCGCCAUGGUCCGAAAUACCACCCCACUAACCGCUGCCACCGCAUACACUUCCCUGACCCUCCUUUCUCUGCUUUGCCAGGCCGUGGCCAGCUGUAUUGACGCUUUGAUGGGAUUGGUCCAGGCAUUGACCAGUCUGGAACGGAUCCGAAAGUAUCUGGCGUUGGAGGCCGGCAUUCCGCUGCCCGACGACAGCUGUAGCACGACCGAUUCACAUCUCAGUGGACCGUCGCCCACGGAAUCCACGCGCUCGUCAGAGAGUGACAACGAGAAGACCUUGAUGACAGACGUGGUAUCCGGGAAGGUCGAUCCAGAUGCAAUGAUUCAGUUGCGCAACUGUUCAGCGAGCUGGGAGCGAUCUGCAAAACCGGCGAUUCGGAACGUGGACGCCACCAUUCCGCGGGGUUCGUUCGUGAUGGUAAUCGGGCCAAUCGCAUCGGGCAAGUCGAGCCUGUUGCACACGAUUCUCGGCGAGAUUCCUCAAAGCACGGGCACGGUCGUCAUCCAGGACGUGGACGUGGCGUUCUGCGGCCAGGCCCCAUGGUUGGUGAACACAACCAUCCAGAACAAUAUUCUCGGGCAGUCUCCGUUCGACGGCCAGUGGUACGACACCGUCGUCAGGGCCUGCAGGUUAGAUCGGGACUUCGCGCAGCUCCCUGGGGGAGACAACGCGACGAUUGGCAGCAAAGGAAUCAUGUUGAGUGGUGGUCAGAAAAGCCGUCUGGCAUUGGCACGAGCACUUUAUGCGAGAAAGCCCCUGGUCAUUCUCGACGACGUGUUCGCCGGCUUGGAUGCUAAAACCGAACAAGAUGUCUUUGCGGCGCUCUUUGGACCCGACGGUCUUUUGCGACAGGAGGGGACGACGACGGUCCUGGCCACAAACUCCAUUCGCUAUAUUUCCCUCUCCGAUCAUAUCCUUGUGUUAGGGCCAGGCGGCACAGUCGUCGAGCAGGGCGUCUAUUCGGACCUGGUUCGCUCGGAAGGAUAUCUGGCGAGUCUGAAUUUGAAAGAGGGACGGAAUGAACAAGUGCAACGCAGGAGUGACGAUCCGGAUCCUGCACUCACUGACCCUGCUCUCCGCAGUGCGAACCUGAAUGCUGACAACCGGCCUGCCAGUGAUCUGACCAUUUACAAGUUCUACGUGGACAAGACGGGGCGCGUGUCAUUCUGCAUCUUCUUUGUCCUGUGCUCUGGCUUUGUAGCUGGCUUGCUUUUCUCCCAGAUCUGGAUCAAGUUCUGGGUCGAAGCCAACGCUAGAAAAGCCAAUGAUCGACUAGGGUACUAUCUUGGACUAUACGCGCUGUGGUCAGUCUUGGCUAUCCUACUCUUCCUGGGUGCAUGCUUGCAACUUAUGCUCUUCAUGGUUCCAAAAACCGCCAAGGAAUUCCACGAUCUUCUUCUCAAGACAGUGCUAAGGGCCCCAUUGGGAUUCUUCUCCGUUACCGACAGUGGUGAGAUCACCAACCGAUUUAGCCAGGAUCUCGAACUGGUGGACAUGGAACUCCCGCGGUCACUCAUCGGCACGAUGAUGGCGCUCGUCCUGUGCGUCGGCGAACUGGCCGUGAUCCUGUAUAGCUCUCACUACAUCGCCGCCACGGUGCCCUUCCUGAUCGGGCUGUUGUACCUGGUGCAAAUCUUCUAUCUCAAGACCUCGCGACAACUGCGGAUCCUCGAGAUCGAAGCCCGAGCGCCUCUCCUGUCUCACUUUAUGGAAACCCUGCAAGGGCUGAGCAGUAUCCGUGCAUUUGGCUGGACGCGGUCCUACACCGCGCAGAACGAUCGGCUGCUCGGGACCGCCCAGCAGUCGUUAUAUCUUCUCUACUGUGCCCAGCUGUGGCUCACGCUCACCUUGGAUAUGAUUGUCGCGGUCUUGGCCAUCAUCCUGGUCAGCAUUGCAGUCACGACCCGGACGUCGACGGGGGCAUCCAUUGGUCUGGCGCUGGUUAAUGUGGUGGCGUUCGGCGCAAAUCUGAAGGGCCUCGUCUACAACUGGACCGCCUUGGAGAUCGCCAUGGGUGCCAUUGCCCGCAUUCGAGAUUUCACCUCGACCACCCCGUCCGAAGAACAGCCGGGUCCAAGGGAGCCUCCUCCGCCCCCGGAUUGGCCGCAGCAAGGCCUCAUCCGGUUUCAUGAAGUCUCGGCAGCCUACAACUGCGAGUCCCCACCCGUGCUCAAGAAUGUCUCUCUGGAAGUCCAGCCGGGACAGAAACUCGCGAUUUGCGGCCGAACUGGCAGUGGUAAGAGCUCCCUCGUGGGAUCGCUGUUGCGACUCCUGGACCUGCGCAGCGGCACGAUCGAGAUCGACGGAGUGGACAUUUCCACCCUUGCACGGCAGGACGUCCGCUCGAGGCUGAUCACUCUGCCCCAGGAGCCGUUCUUCCUUCACGGCACGAUCCGGGAGAACCUCGACAUUCACGGCCAACACUCGGAUGAGGACUUGUAUGAAAUCCUAGCGAGGCUCGGACUGCAGGAGCUCAUCGUCCAGAAAGGUGGCCUGGACGUGUCGAUGAGCGAGGACAUGCUCUCCCACGGCCAGAGACAGCUUUUGUGCGUCGUCCGGGCAUCGCUGCGGACCUCAAAGAUACUGAUUCUGGAUGAGGCGACAAGCAGUGUCGACCAGGAGACAGAGGCUCUCAUUCUCGAUGUUCUUCGUAAGCAAUUCCGCGAUCAUACCGUGGUGUGCAUCGCGCAUCGACUCAACACGAUCUUGGAUUACGAUCAGAUCAUCGUGUUGGACCAGGGUUGCGUUGUGGAAUGUGGACACCCCGCCACCUUGGCAGCGCAGCCGUCCAUAUUUGCAGAGCUUCUUCGCGCGACCGGCGAGCAUUCCGUGGCAGAAGAGUAAGCAAGGGCAGACAGGACUUUUCACUCUGCACCAUGGAUUGGC